UACAUCUCCCAGCGGGCUGCGGACGGAGGGGCCCGGCCGGUACCGUGUCCCUCUCCCGGCGUGCGGGUGGGCGGCCCCGGCGGCGAGGCGAGGCGAGGGGAGGCGAGGCGAGGCGUGCGCGGUCCGGGUUCCCGCUCCGGCCGCGGCAGGUUGUUCUGUGUGCGGCGUCUCCUGCCGAAGCCCGCAGGCGUUGGACACCGAGAGAGAGGGAGCGGAGACCGUUGAAAGUGGGCUCUGCGCCUACGUGCCUCAAAUACCAUUGUUUUAAAGGGUGUGUGCCCCUCUGCCAGCUGGCAUUAUGCUGCUUGAAGUAUUCCUGGUUCUGGGGACAGUCAUCAUCUACUUCUUACUUUCCAAGAAGAAAGAAGAGACAUUACCCUUCAAAGAGGGAUGGUGGGGCAAGGGACAAAAGCCUGACACUGAAGAAGAUACAACUAUUUGGCCAUUUAAGGUGGAAACUACAGAAGAAGAGCUGAGCGACUUAUUUAGGAGACUUGACCAGGCUCGAUUCAGUGAGCCACUGGAGAACAGUUUCUUCCAUUAUGGGACUAACUCGGUGUAUCUCAGGAAGGUUGUCUCCUACUGGAAAAACCAGUUCAAUUGGAAGAAACAAGUUGAAGUCCUCAACAAGUACCCACAAUUCAAAACUAAGAUUCAAGGCAUUGAUAUCCAUUUUGUUCACGUAAAGCCUCCUCAUUUGCCUGAAGGCCAGUCUGCAAAACCAUUAUUAAUGGUUCAUGGUUGGCCUGGCUCAUUUUAUGAGUUUUACAAAAUUAUCCCUCUCCUGACGGAUCCUGCAAGCCAUGGCCUCAGUGAUGAACACAUUUUUGAAGUCAUUUGCCCAUCUAUCCCUGGUUAUGGUUUCUCAGAAGCACCCCACAAAAAAGGCUUUAAUUCUGUAAGUGCUGCUUCUGUUUUUUAUGAAUUGAUGCUAAAACUGGGAUUCAGCGAGUUCUAUGCGCAAGGUGGUGACUGGGGCUGGCUCAUCUGCACCAAUCUGGCCCAGAUAGCUCCCAACCAUAUGAAAGGUCUCCAUUUAAAUCUAGCCUCAGUUACGAACAUGGGAUUCAUUCACCUGGUCUCCAUUCUGCUGGGCCGAUAUCUUCCAGGGCUCUUCGGUUUCCAGGAUGAAGAUGUUAGGCGGAUGUUUCCCUUCUUGAAAAAAGGGCUCUACAGGAUCUUGUUGGAGUCUGGCUACGCUCACAUACAGGCUACAAAGCCUGAUACUGUUGGCUGUAGUUUGAAUGACUCUCCUGUAGGACUGGCUGCAUAUAUCUUGGAGAAGUUUUCUACAUGGACUGAUCUGGAAUUCCGUAAUUUAGAGGAUGGAGGACUAGAGAGGAAGUUUAACCUGGAUGAUCUGCUCACCAAUAUCAUGAUCUACUGGGUGUCAGGCUGUAUAGUCUCCUCAAUGCGUUUCUACAAAGAAAAUUUGCAGAAGGGGAUAGGCACACAGAAACAUGAAAGGCUCACAGUACAAGUACCUACUGGCAUUGCCUCCUUCCCUAAUGAAGUCAUGCACACACCCCAGGCUUGGGCCCAGAAGAAAUACACCAACAUAGUUUCCUUCCAUUUCAUGCCUCGAGGUGGCCACUUCGCAGCUUUGGAGGAACCUGAACUUCUUGCUGAAGAUAUUCUGCAAUUUGUUGGGAAAGUAGAGAGAGAGCAACUUUGGAGAAAGAAAGGAGACUAACUCCCCUAACAAACAGCAGGGUAACUGCUUAUAGCUUAGCACAUGUACAGGCCUUACUAAGUCUACUGUAAUCCAUGUAACUGGAUCUUAUUCUUGACCAGAUGUGAGAGAGGACAGCAUGAAGAAUGCAGUAUUAUCUCAAUGAGAUACUGCUGUGGGGACCUGCAGAUUUUGGGUUGGGUUUUUUUUUUUUUGUUCAGCUAGGCUAAGAAAGUAGCAUGAAGAUUACUUUAUCUUCUCCCCCAAGCACAGACUUGUAAAAUCUGUUCUGUAGUAUUCCUGACUCUUGCUUUGAAAUUGAAAAAUAGACCUUACAACUAAUAACUAAGAACAGUUUAUUGUUAUGAAAGGCUUUUUUUCACAGCAGCAGUAAAACUUGAGUUGGUGUAGAUGUGAGGUUCCUCACAUAAAGAAUGGGAACAGCCUAGCAAGACCUAACUUGCCUGAGUGCAUCGGUUAAUCAGCAUCGAUGAUCUAUAGUACAUUUAAACUAGCCAGCUGGCUGCUGCUGCCUGCUUUUCUCUUCCAGCCUGGGCUGUUGAGCCGCUUCCUGGCUGUGAGGAAGCUCAGCUCCCCUGCGCCUGGCUCCUGGGACAGCAACAUGUGAGGAACAGCUGAAAGAAAGACACAGGCGCCUGUAGCUCGGACCCCAAAAGGAGGGACUGGGUAGGAGCAAUAAUUAUAGCCCAAGCUACCUCUGCACCAAAUUUGUACUUUUAGCUAAAAUCAUAGCCCUGGAUAGGCUCAAGACACUGUGGCUUUGCACUGCUUCUGCAAGGUACUGUAUUCUUACUAAAAAGUAAAAAUUUGACUAAUCCAAAAUUAGAAGAAACUCGCAUUAAAAUUUUGAAUAAUA